AUGCUGCUGGAAUUGAUUUCUGCGCCGCCCCCGUUUGCUACGUCAAAAGAGGUGGAAGAGGCUUCGACUAACGAUUCUCGACCUUUUUUGAUUGAUGAGUUUGAGGAUGUUGUUGCAAAGCUGCAGCCCGCACCGGCGCUCAUUGGGGCCGACGCACAGGCCGCAGACGCGCUGCUUCUUUCUGGAAAGCUUUGGCUAACCGAGGCGAACAUCUCUUUCUUGUCUUCUGAUGGCACUUUUUCAUUGAAAGGCUUCCAGAUCAAGUAUCCUUCGAUUGCAUUGCAUGCUAUCUCGCGCUCUAUACCCCAAGAUAUUCCAAACAAGAACAAAUACUUGGACGAAGCCUGUAUAUACUGCCAGCUAGAUGACCACCCCGAGCUGGACGAGAGUCAAGAAGAAGAGGACACGGAUGUGAAAGAAAUGUGGUUCAUCGUCCGCGAUGCAGAGCAAUUGGACAAACUCUUCGAUGCACUUUCUCGCGGUGCGGGGCUGCAUCCAUCUGAAGGCGAGGCGAGUGGCAAUCCAUUUGCUGGAAUGGCGCCUUUUGACACCGGUGCAUUGUUGGGUGAUGCUGAGGAAGAGGAGGACGACACCGCUGCCGAGUCUGGCGGUACCGCUGGAAAGGUUCGAUCCGAUAACCAGGCGUCCGAUGCGCGAUUCCCUUACACGAAUGUAUUCCUUGAGCAGAUUGUAUUUCGUUCUUUGCAGGACCGCACGGCGCGCUCGAACCGCGCAACAAAUGCGACAAACACUAUUAUGUUUGCUAAUUUACCAGAAGCGUUUUUUGAGUCGGAAGAGCUUGUCCUGCAGCUUCAAACACUCCUGUGCACAUACGGACACUUGGUUGACUGGUCGCCGCUUUCUGCAUUUGGACGUGCCGUGGCGGUGUUUGAGCAGGCACACGAAGCUGCGAAUGUGAAAUAUGCGCUUGACCGUCUUCUGCUCUUGCACGAAGAUUUGCCUACGUAUGCGUACGACACACAUGCAGACUGUGCAUUGCGUGUUUAUUUUUGCGUGGACACGCCACUAGUGCUGCUUCCAGAUGGCGAGUUUGUCGUUGCGCGUUCGUUCGACGCAUCUAAACAGUAUCUGGAACCGCCAGAGCCAGAACGCGAAUUUUUACUGAGUCCUCCUGGGAGUCCCCCUGUUGGCUGGGAGCCGCAGCUGGAAGACGGUCCGAACAAGGAAGCAUUGGCGUUCGAUCUGAUCGCAGCACUGCAAAAGCUACUUGUAAACUCGGAGGAGACCAAAGCCGAAGAGCCCGUGUUGCCUUUUGUGUUUCCAGGAGGUCCCGCCGUUAUUAUACCAGCACAGGAGACAACCAAUGCACAGGCACCUCCUGCCGUCUUCUUACACGCUACCGACGAAGCACCCGACCAGGUUGGAGGUCCGCCGCCAAGCGCAAUCAACACGAAAGCAAGCAUGCUGGGCGUUUCUUCCGGCACGCUCCCACGCGCCACGGCCUUGCCUCCGAGCAAAUAA